AAUAUGUUUCGUUCCAGAGAUAUCAAUUUUUAUACUGCCCACCAUUGAAAAAACGGCUAAUAUCCACUUUUGGCAAAAACGAGAGCAUCUGCUAGAAGCACACAGGCGCGCUGUUCAAUAAUUACUCAAUAUUCCUCACCGGUUGAGAAUCACUGAUCUAGUGGGACGGUUGCAGCGAAAGUUGCUUAUUAACUAUUUAUAACUGGUUGUCUUAAAACCCUAAUAAAAUCGUUGUGCCUAAUUUUCCUAUAUAGUGAAAACUAUGUGUGGUAUAUUUCACAAUACCACAAAUAAUUUGUCACUUUAUGGGGAAUUAGUUGUUAGGCACACUGAUUUAUUAGGGAAGUCUCGACCUUAAUUCCAAUAAGAUGUAAAAAUAUGAAAAAAAAACAGUUUUCGAAAAAUAUCCUAGUUUGACGUCACGGUCUCGCGGACCCUCCUACUUAUUGUUGCCUAAGUAAUCCAAGGAGUCGAGUCAAAGCGUUGUCGAUUUUUUUAUUAUCACCCUAGUGUAUAUGCAUGAAAAUAUGGUCGCUAUAGAAACUGUUAUGUUUGUAAGUUCGCUGAUUUUUUGACAGUCUACUUUCCUAGCUGGUUUAGUCAAGUCAAUUUAUUUUAAACAAUCUCCUGCUUUUGUAAAAACAAAAUGCCCCGAGUUCACCCGACUACCAAAUUAGGCGUUUACGGUCAGUAUGACCUAAACCCGGAAAAAGCUGUAACGCUGUAUACGGAAUCGAAGCUGCAAAACAAAUUUUACAUAAAAACUCCAAACUGGGACGUGGCUCGUCUUAGCUUCGAGCUUAAAGGAAUUCAGAGCAAUCGCGAAUAUGAAGAAGUUACCAAAGAACAAAAUCGAAUGCGUGCUCAUUCGUACGAUCAAUUUCGAUUGAACGAAAAGCGUUUAGCCAAUGCCGAGAAACUUCUCCGGUUGUUGUGGGAUGAUUUUGUAGAGGUUAACGAUUUUCUUAAGGAUUGUGAAGCAAAAGAAAAUGAAUCGUACGAGACAAUGGAUGUCGAAAAAAAGAAACAAUCUCACUAUAAUGAAGAAAUCGGAAAGCUCGAUUCAGACUUGUCUUUUCUUAAUAAAUUCAUACAUGAAUAUGAUAAAACAGUAGACGAGUACAAGAUAUUCGAGGAGGUACUCGUACAAACAAUUCAUACGUCGGUUAUUUUUGAAAACAUAAACGAUUUGAUGAAGCGUUGCGAUUCUUUACUUUUAGCUCAAGUUGAAAUAUCGGAAAACGAGCAGCAAAAAAUUCAGGAAAUCGAAUGCAUUAGAGAAAAUCUUCUCGAAUCAACCAAAUCUGCAUUGCAUAUAGUAACCGGACUCAAUAACGACCUAUCACGGUUGCAGGGUCGCUACAUGAACGCACUGGAAGAGUGUCUCAAGUGGGAGAAGUCCAUAACGGUUACAAAAAACUUUAUGACACGCAAUGAAAUGACGACAAACUGCAUGCUGGACGCCAUCAAUCAUCUGUAUAUUCUUAUCAGCAAGCGACGGGGCGGACCAUGCAAAUAUGUACGGGGUGAUGUUGAGAGGCAGCUGGAUUUCAUCAAAGAGGAAGCUGGAAUAAUGCAGGAAAUACACUCGAUUGCGCACAAAAAACUAGCCAAAGACGAUCUGAGCCUUAUCGCCGAGAAGGGAUCAAUUAAAACUAAACCAAUCAUUUUUCCAGCCAAGACCAAAGGGUUUCGGAAAAUCGCGCAAUAACCUUGUUCCAUUCAUUUCUUCAAGAUAAUACGAGUAGUUCAAAUAUUUGUUGUAAUCCGUGUUUUCCAUCUGUCGAACUGGGUGAAUCUAUGGUUAAUUCUAUUGUUUUGCUGACAACUGUUUAUGCGAAAGACAGCAUGAGUUCUAGCCUGAGGUUCACAAAUAAUACCGGACCGACACAGCUAUGCCUACAUAUAUUUGUGAUUUUCAUACAUGAUAAAAUAAACUCUAUUGCUGUAUUGUUUAAUGGGUUUCUACUGGAAAAUAAAUAAGCAUGUUUAAAAGCAAGU